UUUGUGCUCCCCGCAUUCGCUCCGCCGUCUGUGUCCCCCGCUCCUUGUUCAGCGGAGAGACCGCGCUGUGCUCGGCCUCGACGACUGGGUGUGGAGGACGGAGCAGUUCUGAGGCCGUGUCCUCAGGGAGCCUCCAGUCUUGUCUGCGCACGAAACGGAGAAAUACGUGCCAUCAUCGACUCCACUUUCUCCUUCACCUCCACCAUUCGGUUCAUCAGUCACUUUGCCUCAUUUUCAAGAAGUUUGAUAACUGUAGGACUGGGUGUUGCGGCUCUUCUAUUUGCAGGUCGCUAUGCAUUUCAGAUCUGGAAACCUCUAGAACAAGUUAUCACAGAAACUGCAAAGAAGAUUCCCUGUUUUACAGUGAGGAAACUGAAGCGCCAAGAGGAUGAAAAUUUGAUCAAGCUCACGCAAUCUGAUGCUGAAAUUAAAAUCCAGCAGUGGGCUGGGUGCAGUGACUCACACCGCGCAUCUGCUGGCAAGGCUAGGAUUCGAGCAGCUUAUAGGAGAACCAUGAUUUUUGAAUCACCCAGAUAAAGAUGGAUCUCCUUACUUAGCAAUCAAAAUAAAUGAAGCAAAAGACUUGCUAGAAGCAACCACCACACACUGAUUGAUGCCCAAGCACCACGCUGAAGGAAAAAAAAAAAAAGAGGGACUUAAAAAAAAAAAAUAAAGAGCCCUGCAAAUAUUCUAAAACACGGUCUUCUUAGUUUUCUGUAUGCACUGACCACAUCCUUUCUUCCACCAGUAAGCUGUAUAACAAUAAAAUAUUG